AUGUCGACUCGAUAUAAUCGUGGAUUAGCUGAUAUCGUCGGAAGGAAGGAUAACAAGCAUACACAAACAAGGUACCUGGUAGGUUUAUUUUCAUGGUCGGCUAGGGACAGUGGUGGUGUUGGUUUUACGGCAUGGAAGCGGGAGGCAUCCAUGGUUGACUUCUUCGAUUUAGCUGCCGCGUUCCUCAUUCUACCAGCGAUUUGUGUCAGCUUUCUGAAGUGCAAGAUUGGAAGACGCGUCAAGGAGUCAGUAUCGAACCGGCAGGGGAGAUUGCUUAAAGACAUUGAUGAGCAACAUGAGUUCGGUGCUUUAGGAGAAGAAGAAGAAAGACCACUCCAGCCAAAGAAGAAGAAGAGUGAGGUUUCCAAGCCGGUCGAAACCAAGGAUAGCAAGUUAGAAGAAACAGAUUCGAUGAAAAAGAAAAGGUCUCUUUUGGAGGAGAAGAAACCCGAAGCGGAUCGCAGCAGCAAAUCAGUUAGCACGAAAAGUGAUCAAUUCAAAUCUAUUCGCAUAGAAAAUUCAGAAAGGAAAGAGGUACCAUUGAUGAUGAAGACGAAAAGUGACCAUAGCAAAAAAUCAGGGAGUACGAAAAGUGGAAAGAAGAAAAAGAUCCAAGUCGAGGAAGGAAAUGUGGAAGGCUCAAAGAAAAAAGCGAAAAUGCAAAAUGUUGCAACGUUGACAAAGAAGAAAGCCGGUGGCAGUAGUGAAUCAAUAAGUAAGAAAAGUGAAAAAAUAAAGAAGGAUAAGGUCAAAGAAGGAAGUGCGAAGGGCUUGAAGAAAGGGCAGGAUACAGCAGUGAUGCGGAAAAAGAAAACUGGUGGUAGCAGCAAAUCAGCAAGCAAGAGAAAGGAGAAACAAAAGGGCAGCAAAGCCAAUAGCGUUUCCUUCUCCUCUUCUACGAAAAAAUCAAAGCAGGAGAAGUUGAAAGACGAAAAUGGUAGUGCGAAAGGCUCAAAGAAGGUAAAGAAAAAGCAGGAUGUAGCUCUAAUGAGGAAGAAGAAAAGCGGUGGAAGCAGCAAGUCAGCAAGUAUAAAAAGUGGAAAGAUAAAGAAGGGUAAGGUCAAAGAAGACAGUGCAAAGGGCUCAAAGAAGGUUGCGAAAGGGCAGGAUGUACAAAACAUGAGGAAGAAGAAAAGCGGUGGAACGAGUAAGUCAGAAAGUAUAAAAAGUGGAAAGAUAAAGAGGGAUAAGGACAAAGAAGGCAGUGCAAAGGGCUCAAAGAAGGGCCUGAAAGGAGAGGAUGCAGCCGUGAUGAGAAAGAAGAAAACUGGUGAUAGCAGCAAGUCGGGAAGCAAGAAAAAAGAGAAACAAAGUCGCAGCAAAGUUAAGAGUAUCUCUUUCUCUUCAUCGCAGAAGAGCUCAAAGCAAAAGAAGGCUCAGAGCGAGACCGGUAGUGCGAAGGGUUCGAAAAAAGCAGCGAAAAAGCAGGAUAUAGCAGUGAUGAGGAAAAAGAAAACCGGUAGCAGCAGUAAAUCAGCAAGCAGGAAAAAAAGAAAAGAAAAUCGUAGCAGAGUCAAGAGUCUUUCUCUUUCUUCUUCUACGAAAAAAUCGCAACAGAAGAAGGUUGAAGAUGUUAAGCCUGUUGGGGUAGCUUCGAAGGAAAAAGAAAAACAGGAUGCUCCCAUUGUAAAACAAGGCACAAGUAAUAAGAAGGAAGAAGGCGAGAAAGUGAAACGACCAAGAGAGAAAGUAGUUGUUGCAACAGGAAGUUUCAGCAAGAUGAACGAUAGCUCGAUUGCUAGAAAACCUGAAGAGGCAACAGAAAAGAGUGAUAAAAUGAAUAUUUUGAUGCAAAAGCUUGUGCCUGAUGAUUCCGAAAGAAUGAAAGCCGGCAACAGCAGCAAUAUAAAGAAAUCUAAAAAGAAGCGUCCCGAAACGAGAAAAUCGUCCAAAGAACCUCAAAAUAUGUCUGAUCUCAUCAAUGAAAAACGCUCUCCCCGGCCUGAAGAACGCAGUGCUGAACUUGACCGGCGAGUUUCCCGUUAA